AUGGUGGCUUUGUUAUUAUUAUCAGUCGUAAUUUCCAUGUGGCUCUGACUUGACGUCUAGUUAAGUUUUGUCAUUGAGACUGUAUCAAAGAAAUAAAAAGUGCAAAUCAACCGCAAUGAAGGACAUUUCUACAAGUAUUGAUUUCACCAUCAACGGCAAGAAAUUUUCAGUCAAUCGGGAUGUGGACGCUGAUACAAAAUUAGUCGAUUUUCUUCGGCGAAAGGCUGUAUUAACUGGAACCAAAUGGAUGUGCAGGGAAGGAGGUUGUGGUGCUUGUGUUGUCACUUUGUCAAACAACGAUCCGCUAACCGGAAACAAGCAAUGUCGAGCUGUGAACUCAUGCUUGCUGCCUUUGCUGUCUUGCCAUGGCAGCGAAAUUACCACAGUUGAAGGAAUUGGAAAUAAGAAAGAUGGAUAUCAUCCAGUUCAGUCUCAAUUAGCGGAUAUGAAUGGAAGUCAGUGCGGCUAUUGCUCUCCUGGAAUGGUCAUGUCCAUGUACAGUUUGCUGCAAAAAAAUAGCGGAGCUGGAGUGACUAUGAAGGAAAUCGAAUCUUCUUUGGGCGGGAAUAUCUGCCGUUGCACCGGUUAUCGUCCCAUUAUGGACGCGUUCAAGACAUUUGCUAAAGAUGCGCCUCCAGAACUCAAAUCCCGGUGUGUUGAUUUGGAGGAUUUGGGGAAUGCAAUUUGUCCAAAAACGGGUUCCGCUUGCCAAGGACUUUGUGAAAGCAACGGACUUGCCAAAGUGGUUGACGGAGAAAUAUUCAAAAUGGGAAAUUGGUAUCGACCAGAAUCGCUGGAACAGCUGAUGGAGCUUCUAAGUUCUUUUGGCAGGGAAGUGAAAUAUCGUCUUGUUGCGGGAAACACUGGAACUGGUGUGUACAAAGAGGACGGACCGUAUGACGUUUACGUGGACAUCAACCGAAUUGGAGAUUUGUAUCAGGUUUCAAAAGAAUCCCCGCUAAUAAUUGGUGGUGGAAUCAACUUAACUGUUAUGCAAGAGACUUUAUCCUCUAUCGGAUCCACGAAUCCGGACUAUUGGUACGCAGUGACUCUUGCCGAACACAUAGAGAAAAUUGGCAGCGUUCCAGUUCGUAAUGCAGGAAGUAUUGCGGGGAAUUUGAUGAUGAAACACGGACAUCGUGAAUUUCCCUCUGACUUAUUCAUCGUUCUUGAAACUGUAGGGGCGAAAAUCACCAUCAUAAGCUGCAAAAGAGAAAUUCAGCAACUAACAUUAGAACAAUUCCUUGAGACGGACAUGAACGGCCAAAUCAUUUUAAAUGUGACACUUCCUCCAUUAUCAACGGAUCACAUUAUCAAAACUUUCAAAAUUAUGCCUCGUUCAUGUAAUGCGCAUGCAUACAUUAACGCUGGAUUUUGUGCGAAAAUUUCCCGCCAAGAGAAUAUUUGUAUCGUAGGGAAACCUACAAUUAUCUUUGGAGGAAUUCGUACUUCACUGGUACAUGCAAUCGAGACGGAGAAUUUCUUGGCCGAUAAAUUCUUAGAUGAUGAAAUGACGUUUCAAAAUGCGCUGAAGGUGUUCGAUCAAGAACUGUGUCCUGAAGAGCAUUUGUUGAAUCCGGACAGUGACUAUCUGAAGACCGUAGCACAAGGACUUUUUUACAAGUUUGUGUUGACUAUCAUUGGAGAUAAAGCAGCACCUGAAUUUCGGUCUGGCGCUCUGAAUUUGGAACGUAAAAUUAUGAGCGGCAAGCAGGACUAUGACAUUGAUUCAAAGGAAUGGCCUGUGAAUCAACCAACCAUCAAAGUUGAAGCAAGGGCGCAAUGCUCAGGUGAAGCCAAGUAUAUUGACGAUAUCCCAGUUUGCAGUGAUGAACUCUUUGGAGUUUUUGUUUUGAGUACCGUAGCUAAUUGUUACAUUGAUCAAAUAGACGCCUCAGACGCACUGAAAAUAGAUGGUGUUGUUGCUUUUCUUGAAGCGAAAAGCAUUAAGACAGGCAACUUGUUUGUGUUUGCCCAAGGAGCAUUUGAUAGUCAAAAUAACGAGGAGGUAUUCUGUUCUGGUAAAGUGUUGUAUGCUGGUCAAUCCCUUGGGUUAAUUGUAGCCAGCUCACAAAGUAUAGCAGCACGUGCGGCUAAAUUGGUCCGAAUUACUUACAAAGGCCAUCAAAAACCUGUUUUGACAAUUAAGGAAGCCAUGAAGGAUCCAGAGAGAACUACGAUUCAUGCUGCUUUUGGACCACCAAAUGUUUUCGACGCUGGUGACGUUCAAGAAGGUUUCUCUUUGUCUGAAACGGUGAUCGAAGGUGAAUUUGAAAUCGGUACUCAGUAUCACUUUUAUAUGGAGACCCUGGUUGCAGUGUGCAUUCCAGUCGAAGAUGGCAUGAAUAUUUAUUGUUCGACUCAAGACCAAGAUGCAGUGCAAAACGCUGUCGCUCGUUGCCUGAAACUCCACAAGGCCCAAGUGAAUGUGGAAACUCGACGAUUAGGUGGCUCGUAUGGCGGCAAAAUUUCGCGCUCCACACUUGUUGCCACUGCUUGUGCUAUAGCUGCGUAUGAACUUUCUAAACCUGUUCGAAUUUCGUUGGAUUUGGAUUCUAACAUGGCGCUCGUUGGAGGGCGCCUUCCUUACUAUUGCCAAUAUAAGGCUGGAACCGACAAGGAUGGGGUUAUACAAGCUGUGGAUAUGAAAAUAGUUAGCGAUUGCGGUGGAAAUUUCAAUGAGGGCACGGCUUUUUUCGCUGCUUCUUUCGCGAAAAAUUGUUACGCCGCAAAAUCCUGGAAGUUUACUCCGCUUUUGGCGAAAACAGAUACGCCAUCCAACACUUACUGUCGUGCUCCAGGAACCACACAAGGAAUUGCAAUAAUUGAAAAUUUAAUUGAGCAUUUGGCGAAAUUCCGCCAAGAGGAUCCUCUUGAAUUCCGUUUGAAAAAUCUGAAUACGAGCGGAAAUGAAGAGGCCAAUUCUAUGCGAAAAAUUAUUGAUGAAGUACGGCGCUCAUCCGAAUUUGACAAACGUCUUGGAGAGAUCAAAGAAUUCAACGCAAACAAUCGAUGGAAAAAGCGCGGAAUUAAUUUGCUUCCUAUGGUCUACCCUGUGGAAUCUUUUCCGUUUCGAUACAAUGUGCUGGUAGCUAUUCACCACGAAGGCGGAUCUGUUGCAGUGUCUCAUGGUGGCAUUGAAUGUGGUCAAGGCAUCAACACUAAAGUUACGCAAGUGGUAGCAAGAGAACUGGGCAUUGAUAUCUCGUUGAUUUCUGUGAAGCCAACUAAUACAUUAACCAAUACUAAUGGAUCUGUUACUGGAGGAAGUGUGACAAGCGAAAUGAAUUGCUAUGCUGCCAUGAAAGCGUGUCAGGAUUUAAAGAACAGAAUGCUACCCAUAAAAGAAAAAUUGCCGGAUGCUAGCUGGAAUGAACUCGUUGAACAGUGUUUCAACUCUAAUAUCGAUUUAACUGCUCGCCAUUACUAUACGUCGGAUGACAAAGUUAAAGGAUACAUCAUUCAUGGAGCUACCGUUUCAGAGGUGGAAAUUGACGUUUUGACAGGAGAAAAACUGCUUCGUCGAGUAGACAUUCUAGAAGAUGCUGGACAAAGCUUAAGCCCACUUAUUGAUAUUGGACAAAUAGAAGGAGCAUUUGUUAUGGGAGUUGGACUUUGGACUAGCGAAAAGAUUACGUACGAUCCCAAUACUGGACAGAAAUUAAGCCGUGGAACUUGGAAUUACAAGCCUCCAGUGAAUAGUGACAUACCAAUGGAUUUCCGUAUCACAAUGCUGAAGAAUGCGGCCCAUCCAAACGGAAUUUUACGUUCUAAAGCUACCGGUGAGCCUCCGUUAUGCAUGUCCGUCUCGGUGCUUUUCGCUUUGCGCAGCGCGGUUGAUGCUGCUCGAAGUGAUGCAGGCAAUCCAGGAUGGUAUCGAAUGGAUGGUCCUGCAACUAUCGACAAACUUCAUAAAAUGAUGUUGACUAAUUCCGCACAGUAUUUAUUCCGGUGAACAAAAAAGAGAAAGGUCCCUUAUAAAGCGCACUUUCUCUUUUAUCUUUACAAGUGCAAAUAUUACAAAAAGUUUCUUUUUGUAGUUCCUGUUAGCGUUUUUUCCCCAAGCUGUUGGCAUUUAGUUAUACUUUCAUAAGUGUUAUUAGCUUGGGUGAAAACUAGAUUUUUUGAAUUAAUUCUUUGCAUAUUCUCGCAUAAAAUGUGGUUAUUUUAUCUUCAUAUAGCUGCUGCCAAUAACUUUCACUUCAAAACAUAUGUACUCCUCAAAAGCA